UGGCCAUUUGAAACAAUGCAAAUUGAAUGUUUGAUUUAGUUCCAAAGUGAAGUAUAAAAAUACGUUUCAAUUAACUCUAAUUAGUAUUAAGCCGAAACCGAAACGAAAAACACCAUUUUUUUUUUCAAAUCUGUUUGUAAUUAUAAUUACGAUUAUAAAAACCUAGAAAAAAAUGACUGACUAUAGGAGACAUUUUUAUGGUUCUGAUUAUAAAUCGAAGCACGAUUAUUAUUACAAACCGAUAGGCAAAAGUUCGAUUAGUUACCACCACGAUGAUUAUUGGGGAUACGAUUGGAAUUCAUGGAGGUAUUUUCCAUCUUGGAGAAGUUAUUACAAAUACUUCAUGGACGAUUCUAUCCCUACUUACAAAAUACGAUCUUACUCGCCAAGUUUGCGAUUUUGGCAUCAUGUCGAUGAUAGCGCCAUUUACACAAGCAAACUUGGAACCAGUAAGUACACAAAUCCGUCAAUAAGAUACAAAUACAAUUUGGCAUUAUUGUAAAUUAAUCGAAUUUUUAGUAUAGUAAAUAAAUAUUUUAGUACAUCAA